AUGGCGCAUGCAGGGCGCCAGUUCCAAGCUCUUCUCUGGAAGAAUUGGCUCUGCCGCCUAAGGCACCCGGUCCUUUUCCUGGCUGAAUUUCUCUGGCCGUGUAUCCUGUUCACGAUUCUGACAGUACUUCGUUUUCAAGAACCUCCUAGACACAGAGAGAGUUGUUACUUGCAAGCCCGGGACCUGCCAAGCAGGGGUGUUUUCCCUUUUGUCCAAGGCCUUCUUUGCAACACUGGGUCACAGUGCAGGAACAUCAGCUAUGAACGGUCCGAUGAGUACCGUUUUCGGCUGCAGAGGUUCCAAACUGCAGCUGACAACAUGAAGAAGGUUAACCACCUGGCUUUUUUAAGAGAGAUGCAGGAGUUUUUGGAGGAAGUUUAUGAAACAAUGGAAAAGGCAAAAAACUUACAAAAACUUUGGGUAAAAAGACCCAAGGUGCCAGAUUCUUCUUAUGGCUCCAGUUUUUUAACAAUGGACCUCAAUAAGACUGAAGAUAUGAUAUUGAAAUUGGAAAGCCUUCACCAGCAGCCUCCUAUUUGGGAUUUUCUCCUUUCACUGCCACGACUGUAUGCAAAAAAUGUUCACGCUGAAGACAGCAUAUGGGCUGCAGCACAGUUUCUCCAGGCAGUUUUGAAUUCCUUAACAUCCCUAGAAGAUUUAGAUUGGCUGCCAUUCAACCACACACUCUCCAAGGUUUUUGAGUCUAUACUAAACGUGACCAUUUCCACACUGACAUUUCUGCAGGAACAUGGAGUAGCAGUCACUGAGUCAGGAUACAACCUAUCCUUGAAGGAUAUGGUGUGGAAUCCACAGCUGGUCCAGUCUGAUCUGAAAUCCCGAUUUGGUUUUGAUGAACUUCACUCAGAACGAAUCCUGAAUUAUUCAGCUGAACUAAAGGAGAUUCCCACAGACAGGUUGUUAGAGUGGAUGGUGUGUUCAGCCUUGUUCAGCACAUCAGAGGAUGAAACUGGUGGAGAGGGUCACCCUGGAGACUGUGAUUCCAAGUGGUCAGAAGCCAAAGACUAUCUUGUCCAUGCAGUUAGCUGGCUCCAAGUCUACAAACAGGUGCUUGAUCAGGGGCAAAAGGGUGACCUCCUUGAGAAGAUGCUCACGGGGACUGGGCAAUGCCUGGAGACCCUCAGGGAUCAGUUUGAGGUGGAGAGCAAGCCAUGGAAGGUGGCAGAAGCUUUGCACUCUCUGCUUCUCCUGUUGAAUGACAGCUUGGCAGCAGAUGGCACAAAAGGCAGCCAUAAAUCUCCAAAGAUAUUCCCGCAUUUGCUGAGACUGCAGAGCUUGCUGCAAAUGUUGCCCCGGUGGCCCACUCUGCAGUGGUUGCUCCAGCUGGACAGCGCCCUCCGGAAAGCCAUCACCCAGAAUUUACGUUUCGUCCAAGAAGUCCUCAUUCACCUGGAGAUGCCAGCUAACUCUUCUAAACUGGAUAAAUCUGACCAAUUGAAACUGGAAAUGGACAUGGUCUUUUGGAAGUUAAAGCAGAUUUUGAAGAAUAAUGCAACUAAUAUGUGCCUAAAUGGACACUUGUCUGAGCAGGAAGCCCUUCUUCGUCCUCAGAAUGCCAGAGUUUGGGAGAGCCUAGUGGGACUGCUGUGCCAACAGAACUCCUCCAAUGUGACCAAUAUUUUAAACAAGCUAAUUAGUUCGGUAGAGGAUGCUGAUCGUAUUUUACAAGAGGUCAUUAUUGGACACACAGACAUGCCAGUUUCAAUGACUGAAGACUUUCUGGGCUGGCCAGAAGUCCAGGCGCAGUUCUCAGGAGUGAGCCUUUCCUGUACUCGGGUCUUUCAGCCACUGGGAGCUGAUGCCUUGCCUGGGAGUGAGGUCUAUUCUGCUGAUUGUAAGGACCAGCUUAUUUCCACAGUGCUAUUUUGUACACUUGAAAAAAUACAGUUGUCUCUGGAACAAACAGACUACUGGAAAGCCUUCAUAGGAUUUAUCAGGAAGACUUGUGAAGUGGCUAGAAACGUGAAUAUGCAAGAAAGUUUCCACAGCAGCCGGUUCGCUUUCUCUGAGGAAUCUCCUUGUUAUGAAGAAAACAUGGAUUGGAAAAUCAUCAGUGAUAAUUAUUUUUUAUUUCUGAAUAACUUACUCAAGUCACCAAUAGCUUCAAUAUCUAGGAUCUUAAAUUCCACAAAGGAUCUUCUAAUAAUGGAAGACAAGUUACAUACCCUCAAAGAUGGACAAAUGAACUCUCUUUUAGCAUUUGUGGAAUUUUUGGAGAAAUUAUUAUUGCCUAAUCCUUUCAACUCAUCCAGUAUUCCCAAAUUCCAUAACCUCUCAUCUCUCACUGAAACGCUUCUGAAUAUAAGCCUUUUGUGGAUAAAUCAUUUAAAAAGUUUAGAGAGAGACCCACCUGCUGUUGAUGCUCAGAAACUUUUGAAAUUUGGCAAAGAGGUGAUAGAAAAAAUACAAGCUCUUGAAAGUCACUGGAUAAGGAUGGAAUCAGGAAAUAUGUCCAGAUACUUAGAAUUAAUACUUUUUCAACUUAAUCCCAAGCUAUGGGAAUUGUGGAUGUAUGGUGUUUCAGAAGGAGAAAGAGCUAAGUUGGAAAACCUGUCCACACUUUUAAAUUUUUCUGCUCCAGAUGACGGAAGGGUUUGUAGUAAAAGCUUUAACUCUUCUCAGUUGGUCCAUUCAGAGGGCCCUAAAACACUAGCUGCGAACAUGGAUUUUGUGGAUUUAAGUGAAACAAUAAUAAGCAGUCUCUAUGAAUUUGGAUUUGUGAGGCAGGAACAGGUUUCAGAAGCUCUGGACACAGUCUAUGCUAUAAGGAAUGCAUCUGAUCUUUUCUCAACCCUUUCUGAAUCUCAAAAAGAGGAAGUUGAUAAAAUGUUGACUCUUAUGUAUCGAAAUGUCUUCAAGGACAAGGAUUCAGCUUUCCUUCUGCAGAUCUCUUUUUCUUUAUACCAGCGCAUAUAUAAGUUCUUCUUAAGCGAUCAGAACAGAGAGUUGUUGCUAACUUUCCUCACCCAAAUCACAAAACACAUUUUGGAUAUUAUAAAACAAUUUAAUUUCCAAAGCAUCAGCAAAGCAUUUUCACUUUUAUCUGAGACAACAAGCGUUCUUGGUAGAAUUUCUGAAUUACCUUAUUGUCAGCAAUUGCUCUCAUUUUUUCACUUUUUGAAGCUUCAGGCCCAGUCCCUGAGGUCCAUAGAGGGUCAGGACUUGGAAAUGAUCCAUGCUAUUUUGACGGGCCUUGAACAACUGUUCAUAGUAGAUGGAGAUUUUCGUAUUUCUUUAUUUCAGUAUAUGAGCCAACUCUUCAAUGGUUCAGUAGAAGCUCUGUUAGGUAAUGAAUGCUUUGCUUUGGAUAAUAAAAGUGUUUCUUCUCUAAAUUAUUCAACAGAUGGGAGAUCUUCAUUUAUCCUUCCAUGGGCACAAAUUCUUUCAAACCUUUCAGCAAAUGGCAGGACAUUCAAUGAGUUGAUGGCCACUCACUGUACCAUUUCAUGGCUUCAAAUGUGGACUGAAAUCUGGGGAAGUGUAUCUCAAGUAUUUCAGUUUGACACAAAUGUUUUCACUUCUCUUCAUGUUGUUCUCAAUCAGCUUUUGGAUGAAUUGGAAAGUGAUGUGAAGUUUUCUAAAAGUUGCCAGGGAGUAUUUUUCACUAAUCGCCCUACUAGACUGCUGUUAAAUUUGUUUAAAACUGUAACUCAUUCUGUUGGCUUCCAUGAUUGGAAUGAUUCUCUGGAUGUCAGUGGUCUUUGGGUAGCACUAGACGAUGCAUUCGUUAUAGUAAAAUCGCUUCAUCCCGACAAAGUAGAGAAGUCCCUUUCCACCAUGGAAACCUCACUAUAUCAGCUAAAGAUAUUUCCACUGAAUACAAAUAUAAGCAGAGAGUUUUUAUAUUCUUUACUGGAAGUUUUUAUCGAGUUAAGCAAGGGCUCAGAAUAUACAGGUAGAGGUAUACAUUUGCCAAGGCACUUUCUUUUAAACAAUCUAACAGAUUAUGAAGCAAAGUUUCAAGGUGUCAUCACUGAGCUAAGAGAGACAAUAUUAUUUCUUAGAAAUGUAUCUCAUGACCGAGAUUUGUUGUCCUGCGCUGAGGUACUCCACAAUGUUACUAAGCUUAUUUUUGAAGAUGACUUCUUAUAUGUAAAUACUUCCCAGAGGGCAUUCCAUAUUAUCGCCAUGUUAAACUCAACAUUUUCCUCUGAGAACAUAACUCGCAGACUCGAAGGAUGUAUUGUAUUGGUAGACGUUAUGAACCAUUUGUAUGCUAAGUAUAACUCCAGUAUUUCACAAGGCCAACUUCGGGGCUUUUGGGGGAGUUUCAAAGAUAUGGAAAACAAAAUAAGCACUGCAAUGAAACUUGUUUCUUGGUUGUUAAAUAUGAAGGAACCUCUUUGUUCAUUGAAUAAGUCAAAUAUAAAUUGUGUGAAUAUUUACCUGAAAAAUGUAACUGACUUUCUAAAUGUUAUACUUAUUGAAGUCUUUGAAAAAGAGAAGGUACCAAAAUUUGAGAUUUUUUUAACUCUUUUAAAUGAUUCCACAAAUCCAGUAAGGAUGGUUAUCAACAACUUAACACGAGAUUUUGAUCUUCCAUCUCAACCUAACUGGAAAUGUUUUGCUGAAUCGCUUCUAAGACCCACAAAAAUGUCAAAUGAAAUUCCUAACCAAUUCCAAAAUAUUUGGCUACAUUUAAUACUUCUGGGAAAGGAAAUUCAGAAAAUUCUGAAAGAUAUCUCUCCUAACAUCCCGGAAAAUACUUUCUCUUACAAAAGUGAAAAGUUUUUAAGUAUGUUUGCCACCAGUCCAAAGGAAAGAGACUUGAACAGUUUAGGAAACUCAAUUUAUCAUUUUGCUAGUUACCUUGCCUUCAACUUAUUGCAUAAUCUUCAAAAUUCAUCAAAAACAAUUCCACACGAAAUCAUGGAAACUGUGGUUCUUGGUAUUCAACUGGUUAGGGAUGUGUUCAAUUCCUUAAUGCCCACAAUUCAUCAUGACAUUCAAGAAAAUACGAGCAAUAUUCAAGUUUUAAAGAAGGUGUCUUCUCUCAUGCAGAGUCUCAAGAAGACAGACAUAGAUCUUUUAGUAGAUCAACUGGAACAGCUUAGGGAAAGCCUAAUGGGUUUCUUUAAGAAUAUCAGUAGAUUAGACACUGGCAAUUUGGGGAUCAACUUGCUUGUUGGCUUGAUGGAAAAAUUUGUAGAGAGCUCCCAUUCUUGGAACAUUAACCAUCUGCUGAAGCUCUCACGCCUGUUUCCUCAAGAUGAUGUUAAUGUCGUGGUAGAUAUGUACUAUGUGCUUCCUCAUGCUGUCAGGCUCCUACAGAGGUUAGCCGACAAAAACAUCACUGAGGCCAUCAAGGAUGUCUUUAACUUCACUCUCUUUCAUGGCAUAACCAUUUCAAGCAUCAGCAAGGAAGACUUUGCUAUUGCAGUAAAAACUCUUUUAGACAUAACUGAAUUAGUAUCCGAUAAACCAGCUAUUGUUGCAGAGGCUUUAGCUUGCCUUCCUGAGAUUCGGUGCUGGAAUCACACAACAUCGGAAUUUCAGCAGAAUCCAAAGUUAGAGGCCUGUAAGCUCAUUUUUUCUCCCUUUUAUAGAAAAGUAGCUGGUAUACUUGACCACCUCCACCUGUCUCUCCCAGAUGAAAAUUUACAAUGUUCAAAUAAAAGUUCAAGGAUGAAACUGACUAGGAAAGUGGUCUGUGUAAUUCAUGAAUUAGUGGACUGGAAUUCCAUCCUUCUAGAAAUGUCAGAAGUCUUCCACAUUAAAACUCCUCUUGUGAAAGCUAUACAAAAAUUUUGGAAUAAGGUGUUACUGUAUGUCUUGUUUUCUGGAAAUCAAAGUAUUGGCAGCAUCUCUGAACUUUGUACUGGUGGCUCCAUAAAGCAAAUUGCUUUGCAAAUCAUAAAAGUGUUUAAAAAUGUUAACUUCACAAAAGUUACAUCAGGUGAAAAAUCUUUUGAUAGAGCAAGUAGUUUAAACAAGACCAUUAACAUAAAUGAAGGUACAGAGGUGUCUCUUCCAAAUAAUAAUUCCUUAAAUUUGGAAAUAAUAGAAAAAUUAAUUUCUGGUGGUCUGAUCCCAGAAAAUAGUUCUAAUUCUCUAGUCUCUCCAUUCAAGCUGUUUCUGAAUGUAAACCUUACAGGGGGUAGUUUAGAAGCAUUAUCAAAUCUUACUAAAAAAAACGAAGCGCCUUACAACUUUGAAGAACUGUGGCUUGAGUUUGAACAAACCGCGAAAGACGUAAAACGUAAUAUCAGCCACCUGAUCUCUGAAAUUAACAAAGAAAUUAAAAUGAUAAAUUCAGUGGCUCUUCAAAACACAACUUUGCAAUUUUCCCAUAUUUUGGAAAGCUUGAAUUCAUCAUCAUUGAAGACAUUAGAAAUUAUUGAAGAUUUUCUAAUGAGCAGGAGAAACUGGCUUCAUAAAUAUGCAAAUAAAAACUACAUCAGAAUGAUACAAACAUUAUUUCCUGUUAUGGCCAAUGAGAGUUCAACUGAUGAUGUAGUUUCCUUGGCUAAAGAUAUUACUACCUUUUUGGACUACCUCAAAAAUAUUUCUAAGGAAAGUAAUUUUGAUUUUGUCCUUCUUACCCAUCUGCUAAACCAACAACAGCUAACUAAUUUCUCCAUCAUUCAGUUGCUUUUGGAAAGCAUCAUAAUUAAUUCAAUCAAUAACUUAGUUGGGAAUUCUCAAGAAGCAGCCCUGAAUUUAAGUGAUACUGGCCUUCAAAUAGUGGACUUCAUUAACUUCACCUUGAACCAUAUACAGUCAGAAAAUGGUGGGCAAAUAAUUUUCCCUCCACAAAGCAUAGUGAAUUUCAUGGAACAGCUUACGAAAGCAUUCUCUUCCUUUUUGCCAAAGGAAAAUUUUGAGAACAAAAUAUCUCUUCUUCUAAAAGACUUCCACAAAGAUGUCAUUGCAGAAAUGAGUUUUUUCUCAAAAGAUUAAACUCUAGAAAUUCUGAAGUUGGAUCACCUUCUUACCUCGGAAGAAGACAAACCCAUGAGCAUUUUUUCAAGUCUAAAGGAGACCAUCUAUCAUCCAAUCAAAAGCUCAUUUAUAUUAGACAAUGGAGAAUUUUAUUUUGGUAACUACUGAGGACUGAAGUUCAUGCAAGAUCUACUUAAUGCUCUCUUAAGUGAAACCUCAACGAAAAGUAAGACUGAGGAUAAUUUGGAGCUUCUUACCAUGGUGAAUCAGUUGCUUUUCAGUAUGAAUUGCUCUGAAUACCUCCUCAAACUCGAUCAAAAUCUUAGAUCAGCUCUUCAGCUUGUGAGAAAAACUUCAGUAGAAAUAGCGAGUAUCAUGGAUACUACUUUAAAGCUUUCCUAGUAAGAAUUUUGGUACUUGUAUCCCAUACUCCAAGAAGUUAUACUUCCUAAUUUAACUGAUUUAUUUUCCUUUAUAAAGAAUUUAUCAUCUAGAAACAGAACAACAUAAGAAGUUACUAAGAGAUUACGUGGUGGUGUUUCAAGAGCUGGUGGAGAAAGUCAUGCAGAACCCCUCUUAGAAUUGUCUAGACCUCUGAGCAUGCUGGUGCAAGACAGUGCUGAACUGGGACAUCUUGCUACAUCAGUGGACUCCACUGUGAAACUUCUUAAGCUGGGCAAGAUUUCUGAGAAGGUGACCAAUAUUUUUGAAACUCAUUUCAUCUCCAAUACCAAUUACACUUUGAAAUUCUUUGACACUCUCUAUUCCACUUUGCAACAAACUAUUCAAAGUACUGUGACUGAAAUAGCUACUUUAAAAAAAGAUCAUUUAAUAUACGGAAAGAUAAAAGACUUGAAGCCAUUUCUUGACUUGGCCUUUGAAGUAAUUACAGCUGAACCUAAUAUUUCACAAGACUCUCAUCUUUUCAAUAUUUCUUCAACUAUACGUUCAUCUGUGAACCAGUCCAAGGACUUUUCUGAUAUUUUGGAAGAAACUAAUAUUUUCUAAGAAAUUGUUAAAUUUUUAACUUCUAUGAAAAUCCAUUUGGGAGAUCUGGAUCAUCUUGUGGUAAUGUUUAAUAAUGGGACUCAAAUAUUUUCUAUAGAUUCUCUCAACUUAUGGGAAGAAAUUCUGGACUGUUUAGUUGCAGUAAAAGAUGUCACCAACCAAAUGGACAUUUUACACCCUAAUCCAAUUUCCAGUCGUAGUUGCCCUCAAGAUACAAAAUGGAAAAGAAUUCAUGAAGUGAUCCUUUCUUUUGGCUGUAAUGUCACAAAACAAAACAGAACCAAAAUAGGGACUUACUUGAAAAUGGUGACUGAACUUACCUUAAGGGCUCUUUGGGAUAACUUAAAGAAAGAUGACAUUUUUAGUCUGUUGUUAACAUUUGCUUGGCAUCUAAAUAAUCUUCUGGAAAUCAUAGGAACCGUUGCAGAGAAAUUGGGGGGGAAUUAACAUAAAGUUUUAUUUUUCAAUACUUCUUUGAUUCAGAAUAUAACUCAGCAACAACUUGAAAAAACAAUCGAAAUUGAGUUCAGUAGAGUAGCUCUUUUGAGAAAGUAGCUUCAUCUAAAUACCUCUCAGUGGAUGAAUUCCAUAAAAACUUUGCUUCUGCGAGUUUUGGAGUUGUUUAUUGAUACAACUACAGGAAAGAAUGCCUUGUCAGAAAAAGAAGAAAGGGCCAAGACAGCAAUGAUUGAUUCUCCUUACAUAUUCAACCCAUUACCAUGUUUCAAAAAAUACAUGAAUAGAAUAUUUGUAUUGACUGAAUUCUGGCAAAAAGAAGUCCCACUGACAGAUCAAAGUGUUUUAGAAAUGUGUCAAGUUUUCCAGCAGCCCACACAGCCCUCCAGAGCCAUCCUGACUCUGCAGAAAGUGAAGAUGCUGGCUGUGCACAUCUUCAUCAUCUUUGCAGAAAACCCUUCCUUGAUUAAGGAUGUUCUGUGUGCUACUCUGAGUUGCAAGCAAGGUGGGAUAAGGCCUCUCAUUUUACCUGUUAUGCAAGGACUCGCUUUGCUGCAUGACCAUUACCAGGAAAUUAAACAGAUAUGGUCGUCACCCAUGCAGCUAAAUUGUGAAAGUCUUAACAGGAAUCUUUCUAGAUCCUUGGAAAGCUUCAAGAGCAACUUGGAGAAUGCUGCUGAGACGGACUGCCAAUGUCAGCCAGCACUAGAAACAGUCCAGUGGCACACACACAUGUUGGCCAAAAACCUCGAGGAGACUUUGUCAUCAGGGAAUUCCAUUAUGACUUUUCUUAGUAAUUUCAGAGUAACUGAUGGUGUAAAAGUUAAAGAUUUAAUGAAAAAUGUCACCAAAUUAACAGAAGAACUUCAAUCUUCUAUCCAGCUCUCAGACGAAACGAUCAGUUUUAUUUUAGAAACAAAUAUUUCCCUUUCAAAGGUUCUGUCCAGUGCCCUUACAGCAGCUUUGUCUGGAAGAUGCGAUCAAGACAUCCUUCGGCCCCUGCUGACAUUCCAUGAGGAUGAAGCAUCUGUUUUUGCUAUGAAGGAACUGUGUGCCCUGCCCGGGUCAGAAGCGUAUUCUCUGAUUGUGUUGAUGAGUAGAAACCUGAACCUGCGGAGUUUCAUCUACAAAACUCUGAUACCUUCUGAAGCAAAAAGCUUGCUCAUCUCCCUGUUGGAUGUGGUUUCCAGUAUCAGCUCUCUCCUUGCCAAAGCCCAGCGUGUCCUUGAAUACCUUCCUGAAUUUCUUCAAGCAUUUAAAAUUACAGCCUUGCUAGAUAUGCCUGCCUUACAACAGGUUUCACAAAAAGGCCAACCCAGAAGUUCACCCUUUGGUUCUUUCCAGUCUGUGAUGAAGAUGGUUUGCAAAGAGCAAGCAUCUUUCCUUAGCAACUCCAACACAUUUAUUGAUUUGCCCAGAGUUAAUGAUCUCUUGGAAGGUGACAAGGAAAAAUUCAACAUUCCUGAAGACUCUACACCAUUUUGUUUGAAGCUUUAUCAAGAAAUUCUACAGUUUCCAAAUGGUGCUUUGGUGUGGGCCUUCCUAAAACCUAUAUUACACGGAAAAAUACUGUACACACCAAACACUCCGGAGAUCAAUAAAGUUAUUCAAAAGGCCAAUUAUACAUUCUAUUUUGUGGACAAGAUAAAGACUUUGUCAAAAACACUACUGAACAUGUCCAGCCUUUUUCAGAGAAGCGGAAAUGGCCAGAUGCUUAACCAGUUCCAGGAAGCCCUGAGAAACAAAUUUAUAAGAAACUUUGUAGAAAACCAGUUGCACAUUGAUGUAGACACACUGACUGAGAAGCUCCGGACUUACGGAGGAAUGCUGGACAAGAUGUUUAACCAUGCAGAGGCUGGACACCUGCAGUUCCUGGGCCACAUCUUGGUAAAUCUCUCCUCCUGUGUGGAGCUGAACCGCUUCCAGGCACACGAAUCUGUCGACCUCCUGGAGACUAAAGCACAUGAACUCAUGCAACGGAAUGAUUUCUUGGCCAGUAUUAUAUUCAACAAUUCCUUUGUCAACAAAAACUUCCAGUCGGAGUCUCUCAAACUGCCACCCCAUGUCACAUAUACAAUUCGGACCAGUAUCUUAUACAGCACAAGAACAGAUUUGGUAAAAAACCCCUUUUGGAAGUUCCAUCCACAAAGUCUACCAGCCGAUGGGUUCAAAUAUAACUAUAUCUUUGUCCCUUUGCAAGACAUGAUUGAGAGGGCCAUCAUCUCGGUGCAGACAGGGCAGGAUGCUCCGGAGCCAGCAGCACAGGUGCAGGCAAUUCCAUAUCCCUGCCAUACCAGCGACCUAUUCUUGAACAACGUUGGCUUCUUUUUUCCACUCAUAAUGAUGCUGACCUGGAUGGUGUCUGUGGCCAGUAUGGUUCGAAAGCUGGUUUAUGAGCGGGAGAUCCAGAUUGAAGAGUACUUGAGGAUGAUGGGAGUGCAUCCAACGACGCACUUUCUGGCCUGGUUCCUGGAGAACACGGCUAUGCUGACCCUCAGCAGUGCUGCCCUGGCCAUUAUUUUGAAAACAAGCAGCAUCUUCACAUACAGCAACGCCUUGAUUAUCUUUCUCUUUCUCCUGGAUUUUGGAGUGUCAGUCGUCAUGCUGAGUUAUUUCCUGAGUGCAUUUUUCAGUCAAGCGAACACAGCUGCUCUUUGCACCAGCCUGGUGUAUAUGAUCAGUUUUCUGCCCUAUAUAGUCCUGCUGGUCUUGCAUAACCAACUAAGUUUUGUCAUUCAGACAUUGCUGUGCUUCCUCUCAACAACCGCCUUUGGGCAAGGAGUAUUUUUCAUUACAUUCUUAGAAGAGCAAGAGGCAGGGAUCCAGUGGAAUAAUAUGUACCAGUCUCCGGAACAAGGGAACAUGACAUUUGGCUGGAUUUGCUGGAUGAUUCUGUUUGAUUCAAGCCUUUAUUUUUUAUGUGGAUGGUACUUUAGCAACUUGAUUCCUGGAACUUUUGGUUUAAGGCAGCCAUGGUAUUUUCCCUUUACUGCAUCAUAUUGGAAGACUGUAUUUGGCUUGGUGGAGAAAAAGUGCUACAAAAGUUCUGAUCUAUUCUUCAAUGAGAACUUCGGCAGUAAAGGGUCAUCUCCACAACACAGGGAAGAAAACCUUGAAGGAGGCUCCUCUGGAGUCACCCUGGUAUCCGUGACCAAGGAAUACGAGCCCAACAAAGUGGCCAUCAAAGACCUCACUGUCACCUUCCACAAGGACCAGAUCACUGCCCUGCUGGGCACAAACGGCGCAGGAAAGACCACAGUUAUAUCCAUGUUGACAGGACUCUACCCUCCUACUUCUGGAUCCAUCAUCAUCAAUGGCAAGAACCUGCAGACAGACCUGGCCACGAUCAGAAUGGAGCUGGGGGUGUGCCUUCAGCAUGAUGUCCUUUUCAACAACCUCACUGUUCUGGAGCAUCUGCUGCUCUUUGCUUCCAUAAAGGCGCCACAGUGGACCAAGAAGGAGUUAUGCCAGCAAGUCAAUAAAACUCUUCAGGCUGUGGGGUUAAGCGAGCACCAGCACAAACCAACCCAAGCCCUCUCUGGAGGCAUGAAGAGGAAGCUCUCCAUCGGCAUUGCUUUCAUUGGUGUAUCCCGGACUGUGGUUCUGGAUGAGCCCACCAGUGGUGUGGACCCUUGCUCCCGUCGCAACAUCUGGGAUAUUCUCCUCAGGUACCGAGAAGGUCGCACCAUCAUCUUCACAACGCACCACCUGGAUGAGGCGGAAGUGCUCAGCGACCAAGUGGCCAUCCUGCAGCACGGGCAGCUCAGGUGCUGCCACCCUGCCUUCUGCCUGAAGGAGGCUUAUGGCCAGGGGCUCAGCCUGACACUCACCAGGCAGCCUUCUGUUCUGGAGAUCCACGAUCUGAAGGACAUAGCCCGUGUUACAUCUUUGAUACAGAUCUAUAUUCCCCAGGCAGCUCUCAAAGCAAGCAGUGGGAAUGAGCUUGCAUAUGCUCUUCCAAAUGACGCAGACAAGGCCAGCUUCAAAGGGCUCUUUCAGGCUCUGGACCAGAAUCUACACCAUCUUCAUCUGACGGGCUAUGGGAUUUCAGACACCACAUUAGAGGAGGUAUUUCUGAUGCUUUUGCAAGAUUCCAAAAAGAAACCCCACCUUGCCUCCAAGGCCACGUUGGAGCCACACCACCAGAGGUCUCCGGGACAGCUGCCUGGCCACUGUAAGUACAGAGUAAGGGUCCCGCCUGCCCAGAGCGGCCAGCUGCUCCUCUCACAGAUGGCUGCCGUCUUGACGAAGAGGCUUCGCCACACUCUCAGGGCCUGGAAAGGCACGCUCUCAGACCUGCUGCUACCCGUCCUCUUUGUGGCCUUGGCCAUGGGCUUAUUCAUGGUGAGGCCUUUGGCCAUCAACUACCCUCCCCUUAAAAUGGCACCCGGCCAUUAUGAGAGGGCAGAAACUUAUUUUUUCAGCAGCAAGAAUGAUGACCUGGCCCUGGCCCCCAUGCUUUUGAGGAAGUUCGGAGAUCAGGAUCUGCUCUGUGCCAAGUUAAACCCAGACCUGACGAAUUCUUCAUGCUGGCACACGGAUCCCUUUUCUUCCUCAGAACUCCAGGAUGCGUGUGGCUGCCGAAAGUGUCCAAAUGGAACCCCUGGAGCUCCCUACCUGAAGAACAGCCUGGGCCACACUCUGCUGAACCUUUCUGCCUUCAGUGUGGAGGAGUAUUUGCUGGUGGCUUCUGAAAAACCCAGGCUUGGAGGUUGGUCUUUUGGAGUGCGAAUCUCUGAUCAAGUUGAAGACGCCAAUUCAAAUAUAUCAAAACCAAAAACCCUGGCAAAGGUGUGGUAUAAUCAGAAGGGUUUUCAUUCUCUACCUUCCUACUUAAAUCAUCUAAACAACCUUAUUUUGUGGAGACACUUACCCCCUUCUGCGGACUGGAGACAAUAUGGAAUAACACUCUAUAGCCACCCAUAUGGAGGAGCCUUACUGAACGAGGACAAGAUCCUGGAGAGCAUCCGUCAGUGUGGUGUUGCCCUCUGCAUUGUCUUGGGCUUCUCCAUCUUGACUGCAUCAAUUGGAAGCUCCGUGGUGAAGGACAGGGUGACCGGAGCCAAAAGGUUACAGCACAUCAGUGGCCUUGGCUACAGGAUGUACUGGUUCACUAACUUCCUGUAUGACAUGCUCUUUUACUUGGUUUCAGUCUGCCUGUGUGUUGCCAUUAUCUUUGCCUUCCAGUUAUCAGCUUUUACUUUCCGGGAGAACUUGGCAGCCACAGCCCUCCUGCUGGCACUUUUCGGAUAUGCAACCCUUCCAUGGAUGUAUCUCUUGUCCAGGAUCUUCUCAAGUUCAGAUGUAGCUUUCAUUUCCUACAUCUCUUUAAACUUUAUCUGUGGCCUUUGCACCAUGCUCAUUACCAUCAUGCCACGUCUGUUGGCCAUCAUCUCCAAAGCUCAGAAUUUACAGAAUAUUUAUGAUGUCCUCAAGUGGGUUUUUACUCUCUUUCCUCAAUUCUGCCUGGGUCAAGGACUGAUAGAACUCUGUUAUAAUCAGAUCAAAUAUGACCUGACCCACAACUUCAGCGUUGAUUCCUAUGUGAGUCCUUUUGAGAUGAACUUCCUGGGCUGGAUCUUCAUGGAGUUGGCCUUCCAGGGCACAGUUCUUCUUCUCCUGAGGCUUCUGUUGCACUGGGACCUUCUGCAGCAGUGGAGGGGUCAUUCUGCCCUCAGAGACACAGUAAAAACUUCUAAGGAUAUAGAUGUUGAAAAAGAGCAAAUGAGGGUGUUUGAAGGAAGAACCAGUGGAGAUAUUCUUGUGUUACACAAUCUUAGUAAAAGUUAUCAAAGCUUUUUCAAGAAGACCACUGCUGUGCAAGAUAUUAGUUUGGGCAUACCAAGAGGAGAGUGCUUUGGGCUUCUAGGAGUGAAUGGAGCUGGAAAGAGCACCACGUUCAAAAUGCUGAAUGGUGACAUUGCUCCGACGUCAGGACGUGCUGUCAUCAGGACUCCCAUGGGAGAUGAAGUGGCCCUCUCCUCAGCUGGUGUGGCGGGUGUUCUCAUUGGCUACUGUCCCCAGCAAGAUGCCCUUGAUGACCUCCUGACUGGUUGGGAACAUCUCCAUUAUUACUGCAGUCUGCGUGGGAUUCCAAAGCAGCACAUCCCUGAGGUUGCUGAAGACCUUGUGAGGCGCUUGCACCUGGAAGCCCAUGUGAACCAACCUGUUCGCACCUACAGUGGGGGAACCAAGAGGAAACUCUCUACAGCACUGGCUUUGGUGGGCAAACCUGAUAUUCUUCUACUGGAUGAGCCCAGCUCUGGGAUGGAUCCCUGCUCUAAGCAGUACCUGUGGGAAGCAAUAAUGAAAGAUGUUCGGGAAGGCUGUGCUGCAGUGCUGACCUCCCACAGCAUGGAGGAAUGUGAGGCCCUCUGCACAAGACUCGCCAUAAUGGUCAACGGCAGCUUCAAGUGUCUUGGUUCUCCUCAGCAUAUUAAAAAUAGGUUUGGUGAUGGUUAUACAGUCAAGGUUUGGCUCUGUAAAAGAGGACAUCAACAUCACACUAUUUCUGACUGCUUGAAGCUCCAUUUCCCAGGAAUUCAGUUUAAGGGACAACGUCUUAAUUUAUUGGAAUAUCAUUUACCAAAAAGAUGGGGAUGCUUAGCUGAUUUGUUCAAAGUUCUAGAGAAAAAUAAGACCUUCUUGAAUAUCAAACACUACUCCAUUAACCAAACCACUUUGGAACAGGUAUUUAUUAAUUUUGCUACUGAGCAGCAGCAAACUCCGCAAGCUACUCUAGAGCCAUCAACUGACAGUUACCACCCUCAGCAUCUGCCUAUCUAAACACUAAAGAAGCUUUUAUUGGGAA